GAACGACAACAACAAUAACAACACAAACAAACAAUACAUUCAAUUAGUUUAACGUUUUUUUUUUGGUCAACAAAAUCGGUAAAGAAAAAACUGGUCACCGAUUAAUUAGUGGUCACCCCCGAUACUAACAACAGUACAGUAUGCCUAAAGGUGGUCAUCAUCAUCACCGACGCUGGCCGUCCAACAACAACCAUAAUAACCAUAAUAAUAACCACUCGCAGCGGUCAUCGGCGGCCGCGGCCUCCGGCCAACACCAUCACUAUGCGCCGCCUCGGCCGCCGUUUGACAUCUAUAUGGUCGACGAUUUUUUCCCCCGUGUGGCACCGAUUGCCGAUCACGACACACAAUUAUCGACGGCCAUACUCGCCCGCAAUACAGAGCUGACGCCCACUCCCGAAGAGCAGACAAACAUUAUUAAUAUGGUAUCCAAAGUACAGAUGGUUUUGGAAAAUAUUACACUAAGUCCGGGAACUUUUGACGCUUGUCAAAUAGAUGAGGUACGGCCGGUCGGUUCGUUCAAAAAGGGUACGAUGAAAAUCGGACAUAACUGCGCCGAUUUGGUGGUCAUAUUGAAGACUCUGCCGGUGAUUGAUGCCAUACAAUCGCUUGGAGCCAAAGUGCUCGAAGAGUUGGCCAAAUUGGAGACCAACAGUAGUAGUAGUAGUAGUAGUACUACUACUACUACGGCGGCGCCCGAUAUCGGUAUCGAUGACCAUCCGAGUGGUUUCGCUAUUGUCAAUCGUACGACCCGUGCAUCGGUACGCAUACUGAUUGCUACAAUAAUGCCCAACUUGAGGAAACUUGAUCCGAAAAUUCAUUUACCCGUAAAACUAAUACAACGACACUUGUCGGCCAUACGUCACGCCCGUUGGUUCGAAGAGUCGGCCAAUGUUACAACUGUUAAGGUACUCAUACGUGUACUCAGGGAUCUGUUCGGCCGUUUUCAGGGCUUGAGUGCACUGACUCCGUGGAUGAUCGAUGUGUUGGCCCACUAUUCGGUAACUUUUCGUCACCAGCAGUCGCUAUUGCCGCUGAAUACGGCAUUCAAACGUGUAUUGCAGUUGUUGGCCGGCGGUAUCUUUUUGCCCGGUUCGACCGGCAUAUCCGACCCGUGCGAAAACGGUGCCAUUACUCUGCAUAGUUCACUGUCGCUCAUACAGGAAGAUACCAUUUGUAUGACUGCCCAGACAUUGCUGCGCAUCCUGAGCUACGGCGACGGCUAUCGUAUUAUACUUGGCCUCGACCCGGAUAACACUGGUAUUACCGACAAUAUGUCUGUCUGGGACGGUGUUGUUGUGGCGCCGAGUACUGCUGCCUUUGAAUUGCCGCCAAAAGAUGACGAAAUGGACACACAGGAGACGGCUGCGGCUGUUGGCGGCGGCGGCACUGGUGGUAGUAGUGUUGAUAAAGCUAUUAUUGGCGAUCCAAUUGUAGUUACCGUUUCUGCUUAGAUCUGUGCUUAUGUAUGUGUAUGAGAGGGGGGGACCGGUAUGUCUAUGUCUAUGUCUGUAUGUGUGUUAUCAUAACAUUUCAUUU